AUGCAAAUCUUCGUGACAGAGACGCUAGAAGGCAGGACCAUCACUCUUGAGGUGGACAGCCUAGACACCAUUGACAAGGUGAAGGCCAAGAUCGAAAACACUGAGGGCUUCCCCAAGGUUCAGCAGUGCCUCAUCUUUGCCAACAAACAGCUGGAGGACGGCAAGUGCACCUUGGCUGACCACAACAUCUGUAAAGGGUCCACUCUUCUCCUCAUCCUCCUCCCGUGUAGCCCGGAUGUUGUGAUGCCAAUCUUCGUGAAGACGCCGCAAGGGAAGAUCCUCACCUUUAAGGCUGGGAGCUCGGACACCGUCAACAGUAUCAUGGUGAAGAUCUACGAGAAGAACGGCGUUCCCCCUAUACAGCAGCGCCUCGUCUUUGCUGGCAAGCAGCUGCAUGACGACCGCACCCUGGCAGACUACAAUAUUCAGAGUGAGGAUACCCUUCAUUUGGUGUUCCGCCAAUGUGGUUGCUGA